AUGAGGAACGACACUUACUCCCAACGACAACACUUUGAUAAUUUAAGUUAUAUAUCGGAUGGUCGUGAUCGUAUUUCAUAUAUCAGUGAUCCAUACGCAGCUUCAUCGCGUGAUGCUGUCCUUCAUGGUAAUGGAUUCGUUUUACAACCAAAUGAAUUAAAAAAACCUAAGCGUAAAAAUGAUAUUAUUUAUACAUUUCGACCCGGUCAAGAUGGUAUAUAUGCUUAUAGCAAUGCAGCAUUUAGUGACAUCAGUGGUAUUGAUGUGCGUGGACUUUCAACUCGAUCACUGAAUUCAAAUGUAUAUGCUUCUCAAAAGUCAUUUGAAAAAACUAAUCAUAAUCGAAAAGUAUUUAGAAUAUGUUCGAAAUAUUGGUAUAUAUUUGUACUUCUAAUACUUAUUGUUCUUGCUGCUAUUGGUGUUAUUAUUGGCUUUACUGUAUUCCGUUCGAAACAUAAAUCAACGGAUUGUUAUUUAUUAUGUGAUCCAAGUGAAAAACUUAUUAAAUUAAAUUCCACUCAUUGUGAAUGUCAAUCUAUUAAUGAACAUGAAUUUGAACCAUCUGUAUGUGGACAAUUUCCUUGCAUUAAACUUAAUGGAACUGGUUUUGAAUGUAAUUGUACAACGGGCUUUCAGCAUCCACCUAUAAAUAUUAAUGAAUGUGAAAAUCCAAGAAUAUGUGGAGAACAUCAAGUAUGCAAUAAUACUAUUGGAAGUUAUACAUGUUUUUGUGAAAAUGGCUAUGAAACAAUUACAUCAUCUAAUGGAAUUAUAUGUCAAGAUAAAAAUGAAUGUAUCGAUAAUCAUAUAUGUUCAAAUGGGUAUUGCAUUAAUACAAAUGGUAGUUUUGAAUGUGUUUGCAAUCCUGGUUUUAUGCACGAUGUAUUCAAUCCAUUACAUUGCGAAGACAUCAAUGAAUGUUUAUCACCACAUAAUUGUACUGGUGAUAAUGAAAUAUGUGAAAAUACAGAUGGUUCAUUUCGAUGUAUUUGUGCUCAUGGAUAUCGACGAAACGAACACGACAAUUGCAUAAAUAUUAAUGAAUGUGCUGAAUCAAAUACAACUUGUGAUAUUAAUUCACGAUGUGAAGAUCGAAAUGGAUCAUUUGCAUGUUGCAUGAAUAUGAUAACAAAUGAAUGUAUUGAAUGUGGUUAUGAUUAUGCAAAUCCUAGAUCAGUCGGUAUGUUAUCAUUUGCUUUUACUAAUCUACUCAUGACAACUGAUUUACCAACGACAAUGUCUUCCUUUGCUAUUUCUAAUACUAGCUUACGAUUAAAUGCUAUUAAAAAAUCAAUAAAAAAAAUCAAAUCUAAAAAGGUGACUAAUCAUACUCGACGAACACGUAUGACUGAUGGACAACCGAUUGAAUCAGGACGUUUUCCAUGGAUAGCUGCCUUGUUAAUUAAAAAAGAUUAUUAUAAUAGUGAACCACGUUAUGUUUGUUCAGCUACUCUUGUUUCUAGUUGGAAUGUUAUUACUGCCGCACAUUGUCUUGAUGAGCAACAUUUCCGAAAACAAUGGGAAUUAACAAGUGAACCGAGUUCAUUUAAAGAUAUAUUUGAUAUUCGUAUUGGUGUACAUAAUCUUAGUUUGAACAGUACUGAUUUCAUGCAAAGUCAAUCUCAUUCAAUUGCAAAUUUUACUUUACAUUCAGGAUAUCAAUCUCUUGGUUCAGAAGAUGCUACUGUAAAAAAUGAUGUUGCAUUAAUUAAAUUAACUAAACGUAUAGAACGUUCAUCAAAUAUUGAUUGGAUUUGUUUACCAACUAUUUUUAAUAUUCAAGAUCAAACUACAUUAAAAGUAGUUUCGUAUGGUGCUACCGAUGAAAAUUUAAUUCAACAACAAUUAGAUAUUCGUGUACUUGAUAAUCAAGAAAGUAAAAGUGAAUGUCAACGACAAUUAGGCGACAUUGCUGAAGAUGCUUUCUGUGCAAUUAGUACAAACAAUUCGAGUUUGUUAGGCAUGGGUGAUUCUGGAGCAGGUUCUAUGUUAUUUAGUAAUGAUAAUCGUUGGCAUCUUGCAGGCGUUAUGUCAAAAACAGGUCUUCAAAAAGCAUAUUCAGCCCUAACUAACGUAUCGAUACAUAUUGAAUGGCUGAAAUCUCUUGUAGAACGAUAG